GGCGGAAGUAAAGAAGACGUCGCUAACAUCGUUAGCUUCGUGAGCUGUUCCUGAUCCUGUGUGCUCUCAGUGAAAGUAAUCAUUGGGUUCAACUGAUGAAGUUUUGGAUUGAACCUAAUCAGGACGCCCUGAUGCUGCUCAAUAAUCCAGAAUUCCUAUAGCAAGGAAGAGGUUCUGAUGGACCAGCCAUUCUGUAACCAAGAGAGGGACUGCAGUCUGGACCAGGGGGCCUCCACAGAAUAAAGCGAAACAGGAGACUGAAACAUACGGGUUCUUCAGUACUUCUAACAAGUUGAAGAAAUCCUUUGAGGUUCUGAAAACAGGACACGAUGUGAAGAAGAGAUGGAGGAUCAGAGCGGACUGUUUAUCAGCCGGAAACCCGAAGUAAAGUUACACAGAAUCGGCAAACCACUUCAACAAUAUGUCACGGAGGAGGACAACAUUCUGAGCUACAGCAGCAGUUUUCUGACCAAGAUAGGAACUCCAGUUUAACCAGCAAGUUCCUACUAGAAUUUUUCAAAAGAAGGAUUGGGAGGAACCAGAACCUUUACAGACCAAGGUGGAACAAGAAGAACUAGAAUCUCCACAGAACAAAAUGAGACAAAAGGAACCAGAAUCAUCACAGAGUAGAAUAGAGCAGGAGGAUCAAGAACCGCCACAGAUUAAAGAGGAACAGAAGGAACCAGACCCUCCACCGAUCAAAGUGGAACAUGAAGAACUCCACAGCAUUCAGGAUGAGCAGCAGCUGGUUUUAAAGGAGGAAAGUGAUAUUUUCAUGGUAACUGUUAAUUAUGAGGAAAGUGACAGCAGUGAAUCAGAACCAACCAGCACCCCGCUCCUUUCUACCUCAUCUCCAUUAAAAGAAGAACCAGGUUUGGACAUACAAGGAACAAAAUCUUACGCCUGUAACACUUGUGGAGAAACAUUCUCAGACUUAUCACUGAUGAAUUCUCACCAAAAAUCUCACCAAGUUGAUAAGUGUUUUUCUUGUGAAACUUGCUUGAAAAGAUUUGCACGACGUGACAGAUUGAUACGCCACAUGAUAACACACACAGGAGAGAAACCAUUCUUCUGUCAGGUCUGUGGGGACAGAUUUGGACUUAAAAAUGAUUUGACUCGCCACAUAAGAAAGCACACGGGUGAGAAACCAUUUACUUGUAACGUUUGUCAUAAAAGCUUCACUCAGAGCAACAGUUUGACUUACCAUAUGAGAAUCCACACAGGUGAGAAGCCAUUUUCUUGCAAAGAAUGUGGAAAAGGUUUCAUUCAAAGGGGGGCUUUAAACACUCACAUGUUGACUCACACGGGUGAGAAGCCCUAUUCAUGUAAGAUGUGUGGAAAACAUUUAAGAUCCAGCACUGGCCUGUUGCAUCAUAUGAGAACUCAUACGGGUGAAAAACCCUAUUCCUGUCAAGUUUGUGGGAAAACAUUUAGUCAAGGUGUCCAUUUAUCUGGUCACAUGAGAAAGCACACGGGUGAGAAGUCAUAUUGUAAAGAAUGUGGAAAAGGUUUUGUUAGAGCUGGAGCUUUGACUGUUCACAUGAAAACUCAUGCAACUGAAAAUCCAUACUCAUGUACCAGUUGUGGGAAAGGUUUAGGCUCCAGGACUAGCUUGAUGUAUCACAUGAGAACUCACACGGGUGAAAAACCAUAUGCCUGUAAAAUCUGUGGGAAAACAUUCCGGCAAAGCAGCCAUUUAAUCAAACACAAAACCUCCCACAGAUGAGAUGUCCUGAAGACGCAUCAUGUCAGAAUGACCCACU